AUGGCAAAAAUAAUAUUGACCACUACAUCGAGGCUAUACCUUCUGAUGUCAAAAGUGCAUCAACAUUCCACCCUGAUGCACUCUCUGAGCCUUAAGGCGGCCUCGACCAUGAACUUGAAUGAACGGCCAUUUGCGACUUGUGAAAUGGCGAGUUUUCGGCAUAUUGGAUGUAAGAAAAGUGCGAGAGUUGUGAAAAAGCAGCAGUUCGAGUUGUUUUGGACUUUCUCCCCAACGACAAAGUUAGCCCUGAAUUCGCAUCUUUCACGGCCUGAUCUUCCUUCCGUCAACCUUUCACUAGAUCAGAUAGAAGCACAGUCACGUCGGCUCAUGCCACGACAACCUGGAGCGUGCAGCGAUGCCAACCGAGCAAACUACCUUUUGGCACAGGUUCAUGUUGAUGCCCCUGCCCUUGCCAACUCCAUUGCACACUUGAAUACCUCGACGACUUUUUCUCCCCUCCAGCCCCUCCAAGACGCAGAUGUCGCAGGCUAUCUUCGUCACGCUCAUGAACAGAAUCUUAUUUCAACGAUAGAAGAAGGUUGGAGGGAAACUCAGGAGCCUUUUUAUCGUCUGCUUGAGGAGCGCAGCCACAAAGGCUGGGAGGCCAAAAAGAGACGCGUGUCUGAAGAGCUGAGAGGUCGUGCUACCACUUCCAUGGAAAGGCAGCGCUGGCGGUCAGCUAAACUCCGAAUAUGUAGUGCAAGCACAGGACCCGGUUUGACUCUCCAGAUGCAGAGCGAGAUGAUGGCAUAUGACCGUGCAAUCAGCGAAUUGAACGCUGCAAGGUUGCGCGGAAUAUCUUGUCCUAUCAUCCAUCUCCUCAUGCAAGCCGCUGCCAGCUUGAACUCAGAGGCACGUAUUUCUCACUGUCCCUCACAACAAAUGCUUCAAAACUUCCACGUACUUGCAAAGAUUACUGGCGAACCCCCUGCUCUACAUCCUGUGGAGCACGCAGGCGCUCACAUCUUAAACGCCCCGCUUUUCGAGCGCAAAUACGCGCGGGUGUACCUGGGUGACAGCGAUUCCCGGGAAGCUGCAGCUCUGCGGACACAUAUUGAUCAGUUUUGGGAUAUCAUUGAACGCACGAUCCAGUCGAGACCUAUGGAAGCCCGCCUUGGAGGAGACCCUAGUGUAGCAAACAAAAUACGCGCCUUCCUUCUGAUGAGAUAUUACAAAAACGGACAGUGGGAAGAUCGGAUAGAGCUUGUCGCUGGUCAGCCUUUGUGGGCCAAGUUGUACUACCUUGUACGCACCGUUCACGCACAAGAGGCCCUUGAUGAAGCCUUGAAUAUCUCUCCAGUAUACAAUGCGCAUAUGUUGCAUUCUGCAUCUGCAUAUCCGCUCAAGCUUGUACUCUAUAAACUCAUGGGCAAACUCGAGCCUUCGCGGCGAACAGUACCACAGGUGACGAUGAUGACCGAGGAUUGGUUGUGGUUCCAGCUUGCAAUGGUCGAUGAAGAGGAAGACGGUGGCCUCCGUGGGCUCACAGAAGUUCUCCUGAGUUAUGGAGAACGCCACUUCGACGGUGCAAAGAAGGGUGUGUUGUCUGGUGUCCUGCUCAUGUCCGGCCAGUUUGAGCGUUCUAUGGCUGCACUAUGGGAGCACCCAGAAACAGACUUCGAAGCAGUCAUCUUGCUAUUGCGCUUGAAUACCACGGGCUUCUACGCGUCCUCCUUGUACGUAUGCACUCAUAAGUUGCACCAACAUGUAACCCACCUGACUUUGUCCCCGCUCUCAUCUCCUGCACUCAGCUUGCCAAUGCUCAUUUGGCGAUACGUACGCCAGUUCGUCAAGAUGGACGCGAAAGAAGCGCUACAGUAUGUCUACUGCGUCUGUCUCUCGGCGGAUCAGGGCGGGGGCGUCGGCAGAGAAAACGUAGAGACCGCUUGGGAGCUCGUGAGGCGCAUCAUCGUUCUCACUCACUCAGGUCCCGCCUGGGAAGAGCUUGUCGGUGGAUUCAGACCCGAUGGCACGCGAUUCGUAUGUUCCAAUUCUCAAUUCACUAACAUGGCUCAUCUCUCCUGCAGAGCGUACAACGAACAGAUCCUCGUUCGCGUCGCCCGUGACUCCGAGAAAAACGACCGCAUUCCUGAGGCGAUCAAGCUCUACAGCCUCGCUGGGGAUUCGGCACUGUCAUUUCAUCCAGCAGGUGAAACAGAGAAAGGCAAAAUCAUCGAACGCACGGCUGUUGAGAUUUUGAGACAUUACGAGCGCACGAACCGGGGAGUGGGCAAGGAUCGAGAUGCUGCCGUAAGAUUGUUGCACAUCAGGGAAGCGCUCGACGCGAAGAAUCCUGGACGGUUUGAUGUUGUGCUGGAGAUUGUGGAGUCCACGGAUCUCAUUCCUCUCGAUGGAGAUGUUGCAAAGAUUACCCGGAAGGCCGAGGAGUUCAAGGACUUGCAUGAUGCCUCGCAACGCAAUAUACAAGUCUAUUUGCCGCUGACAAUGGAGGCAUUAGCGGCGGUUCCCCAAUCCAUCACUGCUACAGCAGAAACUACGAGGAAAAAAUCAAGGUCGCUGAUGGUAUUUGCUGGUAUCCUUAAGUACAGGAUGUCCCCUGGUGGAUACUCGCAUCUCGCGAGAUUGGAUGUCGAAACCGCUUUGUAA